AUGGAAAAGAUUAUUGACGGCUUUGAGUUUUACUUUGUCCCUAAGAAACAAAUUUGUAUUCAAGUACAAAUUUUGAAAAGGAAGAUAACUGAGCUUGGUGAUGUUUUUAGUGAUAUUCAACGCAAUACAACAACACAUGUUGUGUAUGCAAGGGGAGCACGAUACGAAAACAAGUCGUUUGAACCUGAACCAGCAGGUGUUCAUCAUAUAUGUUUAGAUUGGCUUGUGGAAUUUAUAACGAAAGGUUCAUUGGUUUCAUACAAUGGUUUUGAAUUGGUGACAUUUGAAUUGUGACACUUUUAUUGCGAUAGACGGCGUGAUGUGUGUCAUUAAAAAUUAAAAAAGACAUACGCAUAUGGUAACUUUACAGUUGAUCCUGCAUUAGUUAUAUAUGAGCGUUUGACAACAGGGAAUUAAAUUGAAAAUUAGCAUAUUCCCGAGAAUCAUAUAUUAAUAUUAAAUGCAAUACAAUUAUUACAAGUAAAACAUAAGACUUCUUGUACAAGCCAUUAUAUGCAUCCUUGCAUGACAUACUACAAAUUAUUUCUAAUGUUGGUUACCACUGACCAUAAAAUUCUUGUGUAAUUCGUGGGGAAAUCGCUGGUUUGAGUCGAACAUAUUCAGCUACAACUCAAGUAUCAUUAUCUUAGAAACUACGGGCAGGCGUUUAUCUUUUCAAUGCAACAAUGCAACAACAAAGGCUUUGCUGCUUAUAAUGUUGGCAGCACCAUGGGUUACGUCUGAUUUAAAGCAUGCAAUACAUGAUCGGGAUUUUCAUCAUUCAAAGGCAAUUAAUUGAUACAGGAAACUUUGAAUUUGUUUUUUACCUCAAUAGGUUAGAUUCUACCGCCAAAUUUAUGCAAACUGCUACUCAAUCUCCUCCAAUGGUUGUUCAACAACCUGAGUUUCACUUUGUUUUCCAGCCUAUUCCGAAAACUUUGUUCUCAAUCAACUUAAGAGCCUUAACAACGCUAUUGGUUUAAAUAACAUCAGUGCAAGAUUAAUCAAAGAUGUAUCUGUUGUAAUUUGUAAACCUCUGACCUGCCUAUACAAUCGCUCACUUCACUCAGCAGUAUUUUCGAAUAUUUGGAAAAUGGGUAGAGUGCAUUAUCGUCCAAUUACUGUGCUGCCUACACUCAGUAAGAUCCUUGAGAAGGCAGUACACACUCAAGUUUAUGGCAUCCUGAUCACAAAUAAGCUGCUCACACCAAACCAAUUUGGUUUUUGCGAAAAGUUAUCCACCGCUGUUGCUCUUGCAAAAUUUACGGAUACUAUUUUAAAAAACAUGGAUGAUGGUCAAUUAACGGGUGUGGCUUUUUUGGAUUUGUCAAAAGCUUUUGACACAGUGAACUACAGUCAUUUACUGCUGAAAUUGAAGUCGAUAGGUUUUUCCUGUCAUGUUUGUGAAUGGUUCAAAUCUUAUCUUAUACACAGAGCCAACUGCCAAGUCACUGUUGUUGAUGGUAAGCAGUCCUCUGUUAAGCCUGUGAAUGUAGGGGUCCCACAAGGAAGUGUUCUUGGGCUGCUUUUGUUCAUUAUCUAUGUGAACAAUUUACCCUAUUGUGAUAUCUCUAUGUAUGAGGAUACUUUCAUCUAUUUUUCUUCAAAGUCUGUCAACAAUAUUGAAAAAUUGUUAAAAAACUUAACAAGGAUUUGAUAAAUGUUCAAAAGUGGUUCACGGACAAUCUCUUAACUUUGAAUGAGAAGAAAUCCAAAUUCAUGCUAAUUGGUGGCUAUCAAUGACUUAAAUCAUGCUCUGGUGUCUCCAUCGGUAUUAAUGGGACAAUGUUGGAAUGGGUAGAUACAUUUAAAUAUCUUGGAAUUACAAUCAAACAAAAUAUGACUUGGAGUGAUCAUAUUGAAUCUCUGGUGUCAAGAGCAAACCAACGUAUUAGCCUUUUGCGACAUGUCAAGCAUCUAUUACCACGCCAUGCUAGGAUCACCCUAUACAACACUCUUAUAUUACCUAUUUUGGACUAUGCGGAUAUUGUCUGGGGUGAUAAAGAUAAAAUCAUGUUUUUUAAUGAACAUGCUACAAAUAGUCCAGAAUAAAGCAGCCAAGACUAUACUUGAUUUUCCAAUGUAUGCUUUGUCAACUGAGGCCUUAACUACUUUGGAAUUUAAGCUGCUUGGUGAAAGAAGAUUCUACCAUCACUGUCUGUUAGUACACAAGAUAAAGAAUGAUCAAAUUGAUUAUCAAUUUGAUUAUCACUUUGACUUUGUACUAAAUAGUGACGUUCAUCAGUACAAUACAAAAAGAAAAAACGAUUAUCUCCUUCAGAGAGUAAAAACUAAUUGGGGCAAACAAACUUUUAGUUAUUUAUCCCUUAAUGACUUUAACACUCUACCAUCUGCUGUUAAGGAUACUAACUUUUUAAGUACUUUUAAAUUACAUUUUAAGUAGCUACCUAUGUAGCUACAUUGACUUUUGCAAUGUAGAACACUAAUUUUUAGCAUAUUUUAUAGGUAAAUUUUUGCGAUUUUAUAUUGUAUGAUAUCUAUUUAUAUAUUCUAUUGUUAAUGUGUUUUGAGCAGGGCCUCAUUGAAAAGUCUUUGGAGAUAUGGGCACCCUGAUUAAAUAUCAUCAUCAUAAAAAUACUCUCCUACUGAAACAACAACUAAAUGGCAUAACGUCACAAAUAAUGCUCAUUCCAGACUUCAAUAUUCUGAAGGCCAUGUGUCAAGUAAAAUCCCAAUAUCAACGAGUUCAAGUGGCCCUAAAAUUUUGGUGUUUUACUCAAAAGCAAAAGAUUGUCACGAAACUACUACACUCGUACCAUACUUUUACUUAAUUAAACUGAAAAUCAAUUUUGGGGUUACAGGUACUUUAAAUAUAAAUAAAUACGACUAUCUACACCUUCAGGGGCUUUUACUUUUAAAUCGCAAAACAGGUUUGAGUUUUAUGCAUGUAAACUGUGUGUACUGAAAAAUAAACAUAUUUUUUAAUACUUUCCAGUUGAAUUGAAUUCGGCUUCAGCGUUGAAUAUUAAAAAUAUGAUAGUCACACACAAAUUGUCUUCAGCUGUAACUCACACAAAUUGUCUUCAGCUGUAACUCUACUGCUCUUCGCGAGGACCUCAGUCUUACAACCCUUCUCAAAGCCGGUCAUGUAGCUGAGAUAACUGACAAGCCAGAGACAUUCAACCUACCAGUACUGAUCAAAGCAGCAAUGCCCUUCCCUCACAUAGCAAACCAUAUCCUGUCCACCCAGACCAGAUUGCUCUGCCCCACACUCCCAACAAUCAGCGACCACACACUCAUUCCCUCUGUCGAAAUUGCAGCGGACCGUUUCCUCGUGCUAUUUCCUGCCCUGCCAAUGGGAAAACAUGUCAUUCUUGAGGCAAAAAUGGACAUUUUGCCAAAGUUUGUCGCUCCAGACCCCAGCAGCACCCUCGUUUUGUCCAACAAAUAGCUGAUGAUCCUGAGCAAGACCCUGCCUAUACUUUUGUUAUCCACUCCGAGCAGCAGGUCCUCAACACCUCCUCGCCAUCCAGUGUGCCCCUCCAUCCCUCUCCAUCUUGCAUUGUUAACAUUGGUGGCCAGCCUAUCUUUGUACUUGUUGAUUCUGGUGCUUCUGCAAACCUGCUUGAUGAAGCGACCUACAAUUCCAUCACCCAUAACAUGUGACUCGCCGCCAUGUUAAACCCUCCCACCACCAAAAUAUACUCCUAUGGCUCCACCACUCCUUUACCUUUACUUGGAAGUUGGUCCACCUCUGUUCGUUAUAAGUCCAGAACUGCUAAUGCUAUGUUCCAUGUCACAAAAGUCAACAGUGGUAGUCUUCUCAGUUGCACUACCGCCCAACAACUCAACUUAUUAACCCUUAACGUUAAGUCCACCAUGUCUGGUCAAAUCAUCCUCCAUGCCCUUCCCCCAUCUGUUUGACGGCAUUGGCCAGGUUAAAGGAAAAGAAAUCAAGCUGCAUAUCUCAAACACUGAAACCCUCCCCACUCCCAGAGAGAGCUUGGACCAAUGUAGCAGAUUUCUCAAAUUAAAUAUAAAGUUAGAAUCGAUUUUCUUGCAAAGUAUUGAUUCAGUUUACAAGUUUUUCUAUAUGUUAUCGGGAGUCAUGCAUCUCUAAGAGGACUCCUUUCUCGCAAUCUUUUAAAAUUUAUUUGAUAUAGAACUAUAUUGCCAAUUUUCAUAAUUUUUUCGUCCUUUUUUUGGUUCCCUGAUAUUUAUAUAGCCCUGUGGUUAUUUCAGGGAGCCAGCUCCCUUUCAAAUCUCCUCAACAAUUAGAAAACAAUUUGUCACAGAACACAAAUUAUAUUUUACCAAUAAUAACAAUGCUAACAAAUAUAAAUAAUUAUUUUGUGUAUAUAUAAUUGCAAAUUGAAAAGGAGCAAAUAAAUCUUGAAGAUGUUAUAAGGGACAAUGUUACUGUGAGAGAUAGCAAAGGUGAUACGUUUCAAUGAAAAGUUGUCUUUGUGGGUAAGUACUUAAAGGAAAGUAGCAAAUGCUGCUCAGUUCUAGCCAUUUUAUCAGCAAAUGAGCAAACCUGCAAUCUUUCCAUAUAUCACCCGGUAUUUUUGCAUGGGUAAAGCAAGUCAGACAAAUCAUCUUUCCGACUUGAAUACAUAAGCUUGCCUAAUCUAUAUAGCAUGCUGAGAUGUGUACUCAAAAAAUCCUCGUACACUUUGUGAAAAUCCACUUAAAUUCUUAACAAAUAAAAAGUUUCUAAACUCCGAAUAAAUCUCAGGAAAUCACUCGAAAAUAUGCUAAAAAAUCCUUUCAAAACCUCAAAAAAUGACAGCAAAAAAUCCUCAAUUCCCUGAAAAAUUGUCAAAAAAUCCCAAAAACCAGAGAUUUAUUUAUUGCAGGGAUUUUUUUUAUAAAAAAUCAUCCUGUGGUUCAUUAAAGUAGUCAGAAUGUCCUGCAAAAGUAAGCCUCUAUUAUGAAUGUAUAGUAAUUUAAAAUUGUCGUACCAUCUUAUACUACAGGAGAUAGAGAGCAAUGCACUGUGAGACAAGCAAAACCGGAUGCAGCUUUAGAAAAAGUUUUGGGUGGUGACUUUGAUGAUGAUGGAGAUGUUUUAAAGGGCAGUGAGAUUGACAACAAAGACAAGAAUGUCAACAAACAAGAGAAAAAUAAUUUAUCAUCAAAGAAAGGUAUUAAAAUAAUUUAAAAUGUUAUCUCUCUGUAUAAAAAUAAUGUUAAUAUACCAAAAGUGGUUUUCGUUUCAGCAUCAGGCAAGCAGAAAGCUGCAUCCACUACAACACACAUACAUGCGAAAACCCACUUGGAGACAAGUGAUGAGGAAGAGGAGGAAGGCAUUGUAAAAUCAACAACAAAUGGUAUGCAGAAAUGACUUUCAUUGUAUAGAUACGGUGUGUAUAGGAGCAUUGUUUUGUUGUAUUGGCUAUAGAGGCAUGGUAUAAACCCGCUUUUAAACACUAUAGAAUAGAGGUCUUUUGGGGUAUGUGAUGCCGACAUAGUAUCUGUGAAGUGCAAUAUAAACAGCCUCGUAUCUGGGCGCUAUAAAAGCAGUUGCGCUAUGCGCGCAGGGUGCUUGGUGAACUUGUUAUAGCAUAUAGUGGGUAUGAGGCUUUAAUAUAAAUGUAUAUGGCUAGCAUAUUUUGCAUACCAUGAUCAUGAUUGGCUCAUGUUAUGCAUGCAAUUUUUCUCAUGUAUUUUCAGAUAUUUUAGCAGAACUAAGGAAGCAGAAAGGGUUAGCAGCCUUUUGA